GAAAGUCUUCUGGAGUCCCUGGAGACUCACCUCAACACUCUGGAGGGGAAGAAGCCAGAAGACAAGUCACCCACUAAGCAGGAUGCAACAGCCAACAACAGCACUCCAGCCGCCUCAGCUCCGACCAAGCCUGCACCUCCCGCUGCAGCCGGUGGGCCACCAGCUCGCCCGGGGCCGCCUGCCAGACCCACUCCGCCCUCCAUCACUCCAACCGCACCAGCCCCCACUACCACCGUUACCAGCAACGCGCUUGACGACGGGUUCCUGUUGGAUCUCGACCCCAUGUCGGCUUCUUCUGCAGGGGGCGCUGCAGCGACCUCCACUACAACUGGAUGGGGAGAUCUCUUGGCUGAGGCCCCAGCCCCUACCGAUGGAGACUCUGAAGCUCUCCUGGCAGGUGAAAAGUCUGCUGAUGCCACUCCAGCCGCCACCGCCGCCGCUGCCGUUGCUCCUGCAGCUUCCACGCCCACAGCUGCUGCAGCUAAGCCAGUCCCCACCUCGCUACCCGUCUCUGCUCCUGCCACCACCUCAGCCACAGACAUCGACCUUUUCGGAGAUGCGUUUGCACCUUCCCCAGGAGACGGUCCUGCUGCCGUGGCUGCGGGCCCUGCUGCUGAUGCAUUUGCUGGAUCUGACCCCUUCGCUACAACUGAGGGGAGUGCAGACAUUGCUCCAGAGCUGGACCUGUUCGCAAUGAAGCCCUCCGACACAGGGGCUGCUACUGCCAUCACUCCUCCCACCUCUAGUGAGGCGCCGACCAUCAUCGCUCCCACUGCUGCCCCCACCCCUUCUUCCACC